ACCUCGAAGCUUAACUAGAAUCUGAAGAUCUCUUCUCUCUCUCUCUCGCGAUCGUGGAGGAUCGAUCGAGUGGUGAGUGGUCAUCAUGUUCAUGAUAGAUUGGUUCUACGGUGUUCUCGCUUCGCUAGGAUUAUGGCAGAAAGAGGCUAAGAUCUUGUUCCUCGGACUCGACAACGCCGGCAAAACCACCUUGCUUCACAUGCUCAAGGACGAGAGAUUGGUGCAGCACCAGCCGACGCAGCAUCCAACCUCUGAAGAACUGAGCAUUGGUAAAAUCAAGUUCAAGGCUUUUGAUUUGGGUGGUCAUCAGAUUGCUCGCAGGGUCUGGAAGGACUACUACGCCAAGGUGGAUGCCGUGGUGUACCUAGUGGAUGCAUACGACAAGGAGAGAUUCGCAGAAUCGAAAAAGGAACUGGACGCACUUCUCUCAGACGAAUCUUUAGCCACCGUCCCCUUCCUCAUCCUAGGAAACAAGAUAGACAUACCGUACGCUGCAUCAGAGGACGAGCUCCGUUACCAUCUCGGCCUCUCCAACUUCACCACGGGAAAGGGUAAAGUGAACCUAGUUGAUUCCAACGUAAGACCAUUGGAGGUUUUCAUGUGCAGCAUCGUCAGGAAGAUGGGUUAUGGCGAAGGCUUCAAGUGGCUCUCUCAGUACAUCAAGUAACCAAGCCCACCAAGACUCCAAACCACAUGGCUAUCAUUAUUGUUAAACCGUAAGUUUCUAUAAAUCUCGUUUUGUAUUUUGUCUUGCGUUUCUUUUUUUUUUUUUGCAUGUGUUGUAAGAAAUGUCGUGAAACGUAGCAACUCGUGUGUCUCUCUGCCUUUUGUUUCUUGUAGUGACUUUUAAAUUUUAAUUCAUAUUAUUUUAAACUU